GCGCUUUCCGAGCAUUCUUUAUCCACUGCUGUGUGAUGCUGUAGCGUGAGCUGUUUUGCUCCACAAACAACCCAUUAUUACCGCCAAGGUUUGAUCGACUGCCCUAUUUCUUUGCCGGCUGUCUAAAUUCGACGACUAAGGUCGCAGCAAGUUUUGAUUCUUUAACUCACGCCAACAAAUACAACUUUAAACAUGUUCGAGGCACGCUUGGUCCAGGGCUCAAUCCUGAAGAAAGUAUUGGAGGCUCUGAAGGAUCUCAUCACAGAAGCGUGUUGGGAUGUCAGCUCGUUCGGUAUUUCGCUGCAGAGUAUGGACUCAUCUCACGUCUCUCUGGUCCAGCUCACACUCCGAAGCGAUGGGUUUGACUCCUACCGCUGCGACAGAAACCUCGCCAUGGGAGUCAACCUCAGCAGUAUGUCAAAGAUCCUGAAGUGUGCUGGAAAUGAAGAUAUCAUCACCCUCAGAGCAGAAGACAAUGCUGACACGCUCGUUCUUGUGUUUGAAACCAUCAACCAGGAGAAAGUCUCAGACUAUGAGAUGAAGCUCAUGGACCUUGAUGUGGAGCAACUGGGGAUCCCAGAGCAGGAGUACAGCUGUGUGGUGAAGAUGCCGUCGGGGGAGUUUGCCCGUAUCUGCCGGGACCUCUCCCAGAUCGGAGACGCCGUCAUGAUCUCCUGUGCCAAGGACGGAGUCAAGUUCUCCGCCACCGGAGAGCUCGGCACCGGGAACGUCAAGCUGUCCCAGACCAGCAACGUUGACAAGGAGGACGAGGCUGUGACCAUUGAGAUGAACGAGCCGGUGCAGCUGAUCUUCGCCCUGAACUACCUGAACUUUUUCACCAAAGCAACGCCGCUAUCCAAGACCGUCAUUCUCAGCAUGUCUGCAGAUAUCCCCCUAGUGGUCGAGUACAAAAUCGCAGACAUGGGUCACGUCAAAUACUACCUGGCCCCCAAGAUCGACGAGGAGGCCUCCUAAGCGCUCCUCCAGUGGGAGUGGGGGUGUUCCCUCGAGGACAGGAGAUCCAGAGGACUUGAUGCACACAAUGAGACUCACUCUUGGCCACAUCCCAUGGGUGAAUCAAGGCCACUUCCGGGCAGAGCUGCAGUAAAGAGUGUAGGCAAAUACUGAUUUACAUGCAUACAAAUAUGGUCUUGGCAGUUUAACAUUCUUGCGAUCCCUCUAGUGUGUAUGAGUUGGAGAGCUGUCUCGUCAUCAAACCGGCCCUUAAGAAAUCUUUGGCACUUCCAUCACCCCCCUCCUCCUGUUUUCCGUGGUUCACUUAACUUUAAUUUAGUGAAGCAAAUCUCUCAGCAGCCCACCCUUUUCUUGUAGAUAUGCGACUGUAAAUACUUACUGUGGUUUUAUGUCAGCCAACCAAGACCACAUUCUUUUUGUUUUUGUAUUCAAUGCCCAAAUUAUUAAAGUUGUUUUGAAAGUAA